AUGACCGAGGAGGGAUAUCUAGACAAUUGCCUAUCGAUUGCCGAGGAUGACGACUACAAAGAGAAGACGAGAUUAGCGGAAGUCACAGCCACCACAUUGUGCAGGCUGAAUGGCAUAAUGAAGCGAAUGCGGGGGUGGCGCGACGACCGUGUCAAGCUUACCUCCAACAUUUGGCGGUUGAAGCUCGCCCUCCACGUCGCUAGCAAAGAAACAAACGAUACCCUGCACGCUGACCCAUUGAUCGAACAUCAAAGAGCGGAAAUCAAACGUCUCGAGGCUGAUAAUCAAUCUCUAAAGCAGGAAAUCGCCGACAUUAAAUUUUCCACCGUCAACUCGGAUUCUUUUGCCAACGAAAAUCAAGAGUACCUCGUCGAACGAGAAUACUUAAACAACGAGAUCCAAUAUUUAAAAAGUCGACUGAAAGAGGUCGAAGAUGGACACGAACACAAUUCCGAAGUGGAGCAUCUGAAAUGUCAAUUAAAACAUUUCAUGAUGGUUGAUCAUACCAUGGAAAUAAUAUUCACGGAUAUAGUUAACAAAAUUGCAGAGACUAUCGCUAAUUUAUCCGAGGAAUUAGUAAACUUGAACGAUCAUUUACACAGAUCAAAAUUAAAAAAUAAUCAUUUGUAUGUUAAAAUCGAUCGGUUAAAGGCGAUGUUGCGCUCUAAAGGUGGUAAUAUUUUAGACUAUCAAAAAAGGAUCACAGAAUUGAAUGAUCUGACGGAAUGUAUAAAAAGAGAAUUAGGUAAAUUCAAAGACAAUUCAAGUAUAGAUUCGUUUGGUAAAAUUAAUUUGGAUAAUAUCGAAAGAUUGGCGAUUGGAUUGAAAAAUAAAUUAAGAAACGAUUAUGAAGCUCUGCUAGGUGCAGGUGAUUUGGACUGUCUGAAAUAUAUUCAAAAAAUCAUUGAACUUAGGAUCAAUUUAAGAGAAUUUCACAUGGAAUUGAAGUCCAAAGAAAAUCUAUCGAACUGCUCGAGAUUCAAUCCGAAACAGUUAUCUAAUAUAGAAUCUAUUUUAAAAGAGAUCAACAUGGAGAUUGGUAAAUUGAAGCAGGAGCACGUGAAAAAAAAUUGUCGAACGGUGGAGUUCGAGGGUGUACAAUAUUUAAGGAAAAUCGAUGAUCUCCGUGUGAUCAUAGAAAAGGUUAGAAUAACGAUAAGCGAAUUCGAUGGUUCAAACGAGGACGAGGAGAUAGAAAAAUUGGAUGAUUUCGUGGGUCGAGUGUGCAAGGAGAUCAAGGAAUUGGAAGUAAUCGUCGUGUCUAACGAUCGUUCCGUAUUGCUAAAAACGAUAGAACGCUUGGAAAAUUCUCUGGUCGAAUUAAAAGUGAAAUCGAGGGAGAAAGACCAACACCUUGACGCCUUGUCAGCGGAAUUAUUUAACAUGGAAGAAUUGCUUAAGGAGGAGGAACGAGAGGUCGAUUUGUUAACAGAAAAAAAUAAAGCUUUGGAAGAGAAAGCAUUGGAUGUUCAACGCGAACAGGAGUGCACCAGGAUGGAGCUGGAACAACUGCAACAGGUGAAUCAGGACAUAAAUGUAACAAGAAAGAAGUUGCAAAACGUAGCUGCUGAAAAUGAGAGAUUGUACGAUACUCUGGAGGAAAGGAACCAAGAGAUGAACGUCAUCGUUACUGAAAAAGUUUCUCUGGAAAGGGAAUUGAAGACAAAGAUUGCUGAACUAACGAGGAUCCACGAGGAGAACGAAAGGUUGCAAAACAGAGUGAAGGAAUUCGAGGAGUCUAAUAAUUUUACAAACUUCACCAGAGCUGGUGAAAAGAGGUAUCUUCAGGAUGAUGAUGACGAAGCAUCGAGGUCGAAGGAAGCUCUGGAUAUCGCAAAUCGUGAAAUAUUUCAUUUACAAAUUGAAUUGGAAGGAAUGUUCGGUGAAAAAUCUAAAUUGGAAACAAAUAUCUGUCAAUUGGAAUCGAAGAACGAGAUAUUAGUGUACGAACUUGGGGUCGAGAAGAGCAUCGGUGAAGAAAGGCUGAUCGAAUUGACGAAAUUAAAAUCUGACUAUAAUAAAUUGGACAUCGAACGAAUGCAUUUGAAAAAUGAAAAAGAACGAUUGAACACCGAACUGAUAAAUUUGACUGAUAGAAAGGAGCAAUUGGAUGAGAAAUGUUUGAAACUCGAGAAUGAUAUCGAUAAAUAUAGAUCCGAGUGCGGUGUUCUACGGGAGGAGGCUAGGAACUUUGGAAUAGUUAAAGAAAAUCUGUCGGCCAAGUUUGCGGAGGCUGAGGAUAAAAUAAGACGUUUGGAAUUCGAAAAUUCCAAGCUCGGGGACGGUUCGAACGACUUAAGUUUGAAGAAUAUCAGCCUCGAGGAACGUGUGCGAGUGCUACUGACGGAAAAGAAUGACCUCGUGACGCGUAUUAAUGAACUCGAUGGAAAGAACGUCGCGUUGAAAGAUCAGUUGAAUAAAGUUAAAACGGAGAACGAAUAUUCCUCCGUCGAAUUGAAUAAAUUGAGAACGGAGUGUGACAGAGCGAGAUCGGCCAACGCCUCGCUUCAGAAUACGCUCGACGAUUCGGCCCUGAGCAACCAAGCGCUGAAGAAAAUCAGCGACGAGUUGAAAAUAAAAUUGAACGAGAUCUUCAGCGAGUGCAGGAUACUCGAGAAUCAGCUGAGGAUAUUAGAGAUCGAAAGUUCAGCGUUGAAGAACGAAAAGGACGCCUUGCAGCAACGCGUGAACAAUCUCCAGUCGAAAAUUUCGAAAAUGAGAAACAACGGCUCGAAAGAACGGAAAUUAAUCAAAAAGAUUGAUAAUGAGACUAAUAAGAUUAAUAAGAAAUCCGACAAACGGGUAUAUUCUAAAAUAAAAUUGAAAGAAGAGAAGAAGCUGCUGACGGUAGAGAACGAAACGCUGAAAUUUGAAGUAUUCAAUUUGAAAGAGCAGAAUUUUAAUAUUAAGAUGGAAAUGACUCGUUUGAAAGACGAAUUAAAAAAACAGAAAAUUCUAAUUGGUACAAAUGAAUCCGAACAGUCGAAUAAAUUGGAAAUUGUUAAUCUUUAUUAUAAAGAGAUCAACAGUUAUUCGAGCCGUCAGAUCGAAAAUAUGGGCACGCUCGCGUGUAUAAAUCAGUCGAACAUAUGUCCUUUGGAUAUUCAAUCCGAAACAGAGAUCGAAAGAUUGCUGGAAGUCAUAAAUAAAUUGAAGAUCGAGAACUGUGCACUGAAGAUGGAGGUAAACACUUUGAGAUGUAACUUCCUGGUAAACGUGACGGAGGACGAAAAACGUUGGAGCGAAGUUCGAAAUACACGGGAAGAAAUUCGAGCUUUGAAGGUGGAAUUGACGAAACUGAGGGAGGAGAAGGAGUCGUUACAGAAUCGACUGGAUACAGUUCGAACGAAAUUGGAUCAGUCGGAAUCUGAGAAGGCCGCUUUGAAGAACGAGCUUUAUGCCUUAAGGAAAACGAAUUCCGAGCUUAUACGCAGAGCGAACGAAUUACAGGGCGAUUAUCAGAAGGUGAAGAGAAUUAGCGAAGGAUUUGACAGCUACGUAAUGGGUGCCAUUGAAAAGAUUAAAAAAUAUACCGGCAGAGCUGGUAAAUUGGAAAAGAUAGACGAAGAACUGAAGAUUUUCUUGGAGAAGUAUGUUUUAAAUGAACAAUUUUUACAUUUGAUACACGAAUGGGAGGUGAACGCGGAAGAUACUUAGAAUAAAUUUAUUAUAUUU